CCAACUUCUCGCAACCGUGCUCGAAAAGUUACAGCUCAAGGGAGGGACCCAGGGACCAUUUUAGGUUAUUUUUAUCACCAGAGAGUCCAUUAGUAUGGUUCUCCCCUUAGACUUGCAGGCAUUCAUUGUUCGUGCUCGUGUCUUAAAGCUCUACAGAAGUGCACUAAGGAGUGCUCGUCGAGCACCGGCUCAUGCUAGAGCCGAGCUGGACCAAACAAUGAGGCAAGAGAUUGAAAAGAACAGGCAUUGCAAUGAUAAGCAGAAAGUUCGGUUUUUGAUCAGUGAAGGUUUACAGAGGUUGAAGGAACUGAAUGAGAUGCUUGAUAUGCAAGGCCAUGGUUGAAGGACGAGUGGAUCUUCUAAGUGGAGCUCUUUCCGAUGCUUCCUUUCAUGGAAUUUUGUUGUUGGCAUGCGUAUGAUGAGCGAGAGAGAGAGAGAGAGAGAGAGGAGGAG